GCAAAAUGUAAAAUCGCCCCACUAAUUUUUCUCUCCCUCUCUAUUUCACGCAUGGCUUCCACCGUCGCAGGAUUCAUACACGCUAGGCGGGAUCCAUAAACCCUAACCAUACCCACGAAAAAACGCCAAUUCAGAAGCUCAAAUCACUGAAUUUUCAUCUCGCCUUCGGUUUCCUGUAGCUAAUUUGGAUUUGGUAAUCGAAUAAUCAAACAAUUAUUAUGCAUAGAUCUGGUGCCGCGAUGGCGUGGAACGUGUUCAAGUUCUGUACUGCACUGCGGGGGCUCGGCUCGAUCAUGAUUUUAAUGGUUCUCGGCGUCGUCGGCGUCAGCUAUUACGCGGUGGUGAUCACUAAUUACGGCCCUGGACUCGCUGCCGGCGGCCUCGAUUCACUUAUUGCUUUCGUCGUCCUCACGAUGUUCCAUUCUCUGUUGGUUAUGCUGUUAUGGAGUUAUUUUUCGGUUGUCUUUACGGACCCAGGCACUGUGCCUCCAAAUUGGCGGCCGGCAGCGGAUGAAGAAAGGGGAGAUAAUGACCCAUUGACUGCAUCAGAAUUUCCAUCUGAUACCGAAAAUGGUAGAAUUCGCUUUUGUAGAAAGUGCAACCAAUUGAAGCCACCUCGUUGCCAUCACUGCUCUGUUUGUGGGAGGUGUGUACUGAAGAUGGACCAUCAUUGUGUUUGGGUUGUCAAUUGUGUGGGGGCACUAAACUACAAAAAUUUCCUCCUCUUCCUGUUCUACACAUUCCUUGAGACCAGCCUUGUCACUUUAUCAUUACUCCCACACUUCAUUGCAUUCUUUAGCGAUGGAGAGAUCCCUGGAACUCCCGGAACUCUUGCAACCACUUUUCUUGCAUUUGUCCUGAAUUUGGCAUUUGCAUUGAGUGUGAUGGGAUUCCUGAUUAUGCACAUUUCGUUGGUGGCUGCCAACACCACAACUAUUGAGGCUUAUGAGAAAAAGUCUUCUCCAAAAUGGCGUUAUGAUCUUGGGCGAAAAAGGAACUUCGAACAGGUGUUUGGGAUGGAUAGAAAGUUCUGGUUUAUACCUGGUUACUCUGAAGAAGAUCUGAGACGAAUGCCCGCUCUCCAUGGCCUCGAAUACCCUUCGAAGCCUGACCUAGGUGCCCAAGAAUUCUGAGAUGGGUGAUAGCCACAAAAACAUCAUAGAUUAUGAAAUCUUGUUUAAAGUUGCUGGUGCUGUGAGCUAGGGGUUCUGUUUUUCCACAGAAUUUUUACGCAGCUGCCUCGUGCGUAUCAGCUGAGAAUGGUGCAGAAGAAGAGUUUGAUGGGUGGGGCUGUGAUUAGGAUUUCAGAUGAUAGUAAGAUAUAUUGGUGCAUGGGGGUUAGAGAAGAAAUGGCUAUCUAUGAUACAAGAUUGCCGACUGUGGUGACGUGGCAGGCCAACCCAAAAUUGUUGUAACAUGUAAGCCUUGUUCUUUCCAAAUGUAGAUUAAUCCUAGAUUCUGUGUCUUGACACCAAAUACCCAUGUAUUAUAGUGAAAUUCCACUUUUGUCAA